ACCAGGUACUAGUACAGUACCUCUGUGAUUGCAGCAGGCAGCUGCUUGAAGCUCUUCACUUCUUUCUCAUUAAAAAAGCAGAGAUCUCAAAGAAAUACUAGUAUGCGCUUCCAUACAUCACUCGUACUUUUAUCCACCUAUCUGGGUGGCUUUUGCUCUUAUGCCUCCAUCAUUGUCAACGAGAUUGCCCGUGCUGGUACCUCCAACGUAUGUUCGGGGCAUGAUUGGGUCGAGCUGUACAACAACUCAACCGAAGCUAUUGAUCUGUCCAAUGGAUACAUUCUGCAUGAUGAUAAAGGCGCGCAUGAUUCGGGCGCUUUUCAUUUUCCGGUCAGCACCCAGCUCCAACCGCACUCUUAUCUGCUUCUUUGUACCAAGCUCAAAAGUCGCGACGCUGACUUAGCUCAAGUGCCGGAUCCUACAACGCCUCAGUUUGGAAUUGGCAAAGGUGAUACGAUUACAUUGCUCAAAGUGACCAACAGUACUACCUCUGAACAGGCUGUCACACGAAGCGUUUCGUAUCAAAUUGUUUCGUCGGUCGGGCCGUUGCCCGACGAUCUUGAAACAGAUGCCUUUGAUCUGACGUACGCUCUAGAUCCAGUGAGCCAUGAGUAUGCCUACACAUCCACACCUACGCCUGGUGCUAGCAAUGUCAUGACGGAUGUUCCAACAACAGAAGAACGAGCCCAAACAAUCCGCGCUCGACUUGCAAAACAAAAUGCAUUGGGAACUGCAUUCUUCAACAUGGACGACCAGGGCCUCCCUGUUCUUAACGGAAUGCCGGGGGUCUUGGAUCUCUAUCUGGAUAUGCUUGAGGAAGACGUUGCAUACAUCACCGAGAAGGCUUAUGAAGAGCUUUACCGCCCGUUCCAAAGAGCCAAAUUGCUAACGAUUGAAGGCGAGGAAAUCGCUACGUUCAAUAGCCCCGGUAGGAUUCGCCCCAAAGGGCAAUCUACUCUGUAUGCCUCGCAAUGUUUGGGCGUUCGGACCAUGCCCUUCCAGGUUGACAUGGACCGAAAAGACGCAAAUCAAACUCUCUUCGGAAUUGAGCGUUUUUUCCUAAGGCACCAUCUGGCGGACAACUCCUACAUCAGAGAUUGGUCCUAUCAUCGCAUGCUCGCCCGCUUUGGACUGCCUCACUUGAGAGCACGGCACGUUCGACUAUACAUCAACGAAGAACUCUAUGGCUUCUACACGUUGUUGGAAGCUCCUGAGCAGGAAUACGUGUUCGCCAGGAACUUUGACAGCUAUGCGCCUGAGCACAAUCCCGCAGCCAUUUACAAAUUCACUAACCUGGGAGCUGCCUGUGGGCAAUACUCUGAAAAGGACAUCGCCAAUGCCGCUACGAGGCUGGACGAAGCCGCCACACCCCCUUAUGCUUUUGAGCGUGGAGAUCAUCGCAGGCCUAUAGAUGUUUUGGGAAUUGCCGGAGCAGUUGGCGGAUGUCAUGACAACUAUAUUCGCGACGUUGAAGUCCUAGACAGGGAAGACGUCGUCCUCGCGUGGUUGCGAUACAAUAGAGAUUGCGCUAAGAUGCGUAUGGAGGAGGGCUUGGUCGACCGAAAAUUCGGUUCUUCAGACUUGGAUGAUACCAUGGAAGAUUUUCUGCGGGAGCAUUUAGACCGGGCCAACGAUUCCUGUAAUCCUGGGUGCACAAAUUCUCAUUUGCAGGAGGACGUCGACGUAGCGUCCUUCCUCAAGACAAUAGCAUUCUAUGCGGUUACACUUGGUCAGGAUUCUCCUCUUGGUCCUGGACACAACUACUACUUGGUUCAGACAGGAGAUGGUAAAGGCUGGAAGUUGCAAGCUUAUGACUUCAACUAUCCGUACCCAGUGCAUUGCCCGGUCGAAGUCUGUAACGAACGCCUGGUACACUGGAGCAUCACCCGACCUACCUGCCGGUCUCUGGAGGAGAAUCCUCUGGUAGGCCCUCUCCUUUCAGAGCCAGACCUGCACAAGCAGUAUCUCGGCUAUGUCAAGGACUUUGUGAACAAUGUGUAUGGCAGCUCAAGCUUGGUUGAGCAAAUGACAUCGCAUGUGAACUAUAUUCGCGUCUUUGCCGCGGGGGACGUUUUUGGCACAUAUGGAGCAUACUUCGAGGAGGAGUUGUCACCCGAUGCAGCUGAAUGGAAUACAGGGCGCUUUCCACUCUUGCCUACAAUGAAGGCCAGAACAAGCGAUGUACAAGCACAACUGACAGCCAUCGAAGGAGGAACCUUCCCCCGAGGUCACAUGGUUGGUUUGCAUGAGGAUGAUGAGCCUUGGGAAGUCUGUACAGAUUGGAGAUCCAAUGUACCCCACACGAGCGAAUGUACGCUCGGUUGCCAAUACAAUGGGUGCAAUAUGCCUGGUUGGGCUGUAGAGAGCUACUGUGAUGAAGAAACUGGGACUUGCUAUCAUGGGGACUACGAUGAAUCCUGCCAAAACAUCGUGAAUGGCGACCAAUAUCCUGGAAUGCAGAAUCGACCUGAUGGUAGGGAGACAUUCUGUCGGUUCGCUGCUGGCGUCCCGGUAAAAGUAUCAGAGUGCCCCGCUGUAACCAGGGAAUCAUUUGCGGGAGAUACAACAGACGCCUCGUCGGAAGCUUGGUCGUCGCAUUCAUCAGUUGGGUCUUGGGUUGUUUCUUUAUCAAUAGUUCUGCUGGCCUCGAUCAACAUCGGCCUGUAGAGUUGGAAUUUCAGCCAACUUUUAAAAUGCUAUCUUCUACAUGUACAACGGUACCCACAUCUGUGAGUAUUCACUAUGACUCUAAUAGCGAAGCAAAGCCACACAGCCAUCCCCACAACAAGAGCAGCUCCGCCUUCUUCCUACGAUGAUGAAAGGUCUGUCAGCUCGCUGAACUCGUCCCGGUUACUGUUGUUUCGUAGAAAGCCGUGCCUCACUUCCUGGGCAGUACUGGAGUCUUCAUGGCUGUAGAAUCCCCCAAAAAGCUCUUGUUUCCCCCCAUGGAACUUGCUUUGAUGGCGACGCAAUUCGCUCGAUGAGCGCCUCAAGUUUGACGGCAUCGACAUCUGGUAGUAAAGCUGAGGCGAAAACGAAUCUGACGGGGUGGACUCGCUGUCAUCGCUGAUCGGCAUUGGUGAUGGAGACCGCUUGUUCUUGGAUGGGACUAUGUAGGGUGGAGCGCCAACUGGAUGAUGCAUUUGCUGCUGAUAUCCCCAUGCAGGUGAAGAUGGCGCCAUUACUCGUAACGGGUCUCUCCUAUCACGGAGUGGAGAGAAGGAGCGGCCUCGCUGCGGUGUGGGGUGGCGGAUAUGGCGCUCGAUGCUUCGACCUCGCUUCGGUUCGCGUUGUUGAUACGGACUUUGAUGAUAGACGCCCACGACGCCCUUACUACUGACAUGCAUGUGCCUUUUAUUGGCUUUCGGCGUGCUGGGCGUCCCACGUGGUACCCUCGUAUCGCUAGUACUUCUCUGAAGCUUCUGGUAUCGGCUUCCCCCCUUGUUGCCGGUAACGUAGUGGCGGUUCUGCACAGGACUUCGCUGGGGUGUCAACGGUUGGUCAAUCCCAAAUCUGUUGGUAUCGGCAUGGCGAUGAGACUUUGCAUGGCCACUUUGUCUAACACCAUAGGACGGCAGUGCCCUGCCCAAGUCAUACAAAUUAUCAAAGGAUUCGCCCUUACCACCAGAACCAGGCUCAGGGAUGACUCUUGGGAGACUCUUUUUCCUGCGUGGCUUUUUCUCGGUAGGCAAGUUGUUCUUGCUUUUGGUGUUGUGGUGGUGACUACUGGCGCUACUGUCAGCCCAAGGCAUACCAAUGGGCCCUUCAAUAUAAACGGCAAGAUUGCGCAAUUCUUGUACCUCGUCGUGACCAGAACCUUCCGCUUGCUCAUCAUAGAAUUGAACAAUUUCUUCUGGGACGACUGCAAUGUUGAUGUUGGAAAAACUGUCAGUUGUUGCCAUGCGACACAAAUCGCCCAUAUCACCAAGCGUAAACCAGACAGGGAGCACUCGUUUCUUGACAGCUCGCUGAACAUAUGACUGAAAGUGAUUUAGUGGCGACUGAAUCCCUCCCUUUGCUCGAAUUCCAUACAAGCACCCGGCAUCGGAAGCUCCUGUUUGUGUGUAUUCGUCGUCGACUCGGAGGCGAUAGCUGUCAAUGAUGCGUCGGAACCAAAGCUCGCGUUCUUCCAAGGUGAGCACUGUUCGUUCUUUGGACGAUUCCCUUCUUGGGCGAUGGCUCUGAUGAUGUUGUUGUUGAUGACCCCCUCUGGCUGCUGGUUGCGGACUACCAUUACCAUGUGUCUGGGCAAGCGCCAAUUCUCGACACAAAGCAGCCACAUCGUGUGAUUCUUGUGUUCCUACAGCAUCAGCAUCUUUGGCAGCCCCUACGUAGUCAGCCA